UACAAAAGAGAAUAUUAGUGAAUCGGAGGCAUCACAUAAAUUGUGUCGCAGAGAGUGGUGAGGAAGGAGAAGUGUUUCCUGCGUGAAGUGGGAAAAAGAGAGAGAGAGGUCACACAAGUAUAUCUAGAGAGAGUGACUUGUGCUACUGCAGCAGCGACGAGCAAAAUUGGCAAUUUUAUGACUGAAAAAGGGGCAGCAGCGCCGCCGGCGGAAAUGGCGGUCACGGAUAAUCAAAUCGCACAGGCGCUGGACUCUCUCAUCCGCGACACCAACUCCUUCAACACCUUAAGCGGCGUCGUCGAGCAGCUUGAAUCCCAACUCGGUGUCAAUUUGUUUCACAAAAUCGACUUCAUUCGCACUCAGAUUCACCACCUGCUCCAGUCUCACCCUCUCAAUUUCAUGCCCCGCUAUCACCACCAGCAUCAAAACCCUAAUUUCCCUCCUGCUCCCGCUCCCGCCGCGCAUUCAACGCCGAAUUUCGCCGUUUAUCAACCCUCUCAGGGUUACGCCUUCCACCCCCCUCUGCCGCUGCCAUCUCCGUCCUCGGCGGCGAUAAACGCCCCUACCACCGCCGCUGCAGAUGUCCCUGCUAAAGAGAGUGCGUCGACAGGGAAAAAAAGAAGAGGUGGCCCAGGUGGUCUGAACAAACUUUGCAAUGUUUCUCCCCUGCUUCAAGCCAUUGUAGGCCAGCCAUCCUUGCCGAGAACUGAGAUCGUGAAACAGUUGUGGGUUUACAUCAGGAAGCACAAUCUUCAAGACCCGAACAAUAAAAGGAAGAUAAUUUGCAAUGAUGAGCUCCGCUUGGUAUUUGAAACUGACUCUACUGACAUGUUCAAGAUGAAUAAACUGCUAGCUAAACAUAUAACUGCGAUCGAGCCUACAGAACAGAUAGCCAAAGAUGCUAAAAAACAGAAGGCUGAUGUGGGAUCAGGAACUGAUGAUCCAGUUCCAAUUGUGAUAAUAUCUGAAGCACUUGCCAGGUUCUUUGGAACCGAGGAGAGGGAAAUGUCACAAGCUGAAGUCUUGAGGCAAAUCUGGGACUAUAUAAAGGCUCACCAGCUUGAGGAUCCCUUGAACUCAACGGCAAUCUUGUGUGAUGAAAAAUUACAUGAGCUUCUGGGCUGUGAAAGCAUCUCUGCAUUGGAGGUACCAGAGAUGUUGGCACAACGGCACUGUUCAAGAAAUCAUGACAAAGAGAUCUGACUGAUUGCAGAUAGAUGAUGUUAAUCCUAACAUACUACUGUAUUCUGGCGCUACUACUCCGAAUGCAGUUCUUCCUGUAAAGAAGGUUGUAUGGGUUGUGUCUUUCGAUUCGGUUAGGCUUAUGAUUGUGGAGCGACGUUGGUAAAUAAUGAAACAAUACAAUUUCAACUCA